AUGAUAAGAUUCAUCCUAGUUCAAAACCGUCAAGGAAAAGCCCGUUUAUCAAAAUGGUAUGUACCAAUGGAAGACGAAGAAAAAGUUAGAAUCAGAGGAGAAGUACAUAGAUUAGUAGCCACACGUGACCAAAAGUACCAAUCUAAUUUUGUAGAAGUUGAAAGAUAUGCUGGUUUGUUUUUUUGUGUUUGUGUGGAUUCGAAUGAUAAUGAAUUAGCUUAUUUAGAAUCGAUUCAUUUAUUUGUUGAAGUCUUAGAUGCAUACUUUGGUAAUGUAUGUGAAUUAGAUUUAGUUUUUCAGUUUCAUAAAGUUUAUUCGAUUUUAGAUGAAGUUUUCUUAGCUGGUGAAAUUGAAGAAACUUCUAAAUCGAUUAUUUUAGAAAGAUUAGAGUAUUUAGAAAAAUUAGAUUAA